UGAAAGGGGAAUGAAACGAAGAAGGUGAAAGAAAAACAUUUGAAAAAAAUGUCAACUGAUAAAGACUGCGACGGACUGCGACUACUGCGAGCAUUCUUCAAUUUCAUCAACUUAUCCGCUUAGGGGCCUUCUAAAACUAAAAUCUGAAAUGUAAGUAAUUGUAAGACAGGAACUUUUUUCAUUUUUUCAAAAAUGUCAUUAAAAAAGUUUCCUUCUAUACUGAACAUUCGGAAACCGUCGUCGUUGGCCUCUGAUAUUUUCAAGCGAAAAUAUGUAGAAGAUAUUCCCAGACCUAUAGAAGGUAGAUAUGCGGUGAGAGGUAUGGGCUUGAAUUGCUUAAGAACUGGUUCCGGCCAUAGUAUAUUUUGUCUUCCCGGAUCUCUUGGUACAAUAUGGACGGAUUUUGAACCUCAGAUAUCCGGUUUCAAUCUCAAUAAAUAUUCUUUGAACGUUUGGGACCCUCCAGGAUACGGUAAAAGCCGUCCACCAGAACGUACUUUUCCCUUAAAUUUUUACGAACGCGAUGCGGACUGGGCUGCUGAACUUAUAAAGAAAUUUGAAAUUCAACCUUGUUCUCUCCUUGGAUGGAGUGAUGGAGGAAUAACUGCUAUCAUCUUAGCCGCCAAGUAUCCAGAAUUGGUGAAAAAAUUGGUCAUUUGGGGAGCAAAUGCUUAUUUAACGGAUUUAGACAUACAACGAUACAAAAGUAUUGAAGACAUAUCUAAGUGGUCUCCAUCAAUGAGGAAUGCAUUAACAAAUAUAUACGGUGAAGAACUUUUGCAAUAUUUGAUGACUUCAUGGGUGAACGCUAUGGUUGCCAUUAGAGAUUAUCGUAAAGGAAAUAUUUGUCAGGACUUCGUUGGGAAUGUUAAAGCAGAGACUUUGAUAUUACACGGUGAAAAAGAUCCAUUGGUGCCUCGUUUUCACGUCGAAUAUCUUUUUGAGAGAAUGGGCAUUACAUCAUUGCACUUUUUUCCAGAAGGAAAGCACAAUAUUCAUAUAAAGUAUGCGAAGGAAUUUAAUGAAAUUGUUCAAAAGUUUCUGUUCGGUUUGUAAAUCUCUCAGUGUUUUCCCAAAACCUCCUCCUCCGUGGUAUUUGUGUUUUUGAAAUACUUUAUGGUAUGUUACUUGGUUGAAUGUUUUUUGAUUGAUGUUUGGUUACUUAUAGUGAUAUAUUCUUUACCCUGUUAUGUGAUGGAGUAUUUUAAUUUUUAGAAUAAAAUUGUUCAUGCA